GAAGGAAGCUGCCAAUCUCCAGAGGACCUGAACACUCUACAGACAGCACUAAGUCAAGCUAAGCAUGGACACAAACCUCCCAACUGCAACUGUGAUGGCCCAGAAUGUCCAGACUAUCUUGAGUGGCUGGAGAAGAGGAUCAAGUUGACAACCACUGAGAACCAAAAUGCCCACAAGAAAGAGAAGGCUCAUCAACAGCUACCCCAGUUGAAGAAGCAGUCUCAGCCCUACUCCCAAGCCAAUGGAAGCCAGCAUGCAUCAUACUCUCAGCAGCUUCAAGGCCCUCACCCAAGCCAGGUGCCCUGCACCAAACCCCCAAUCACUUGCUCUCCCCAGGUGCUCUCUAUAGCUAAGGAAAAGAAUAUCAAUCUUCAGACAGCCAUUGCUAUAGAAGCUUUGACACAACUAUCUGGUACCAGUCCACAACCCGGUGGCUCUACCAGUCAAACCCCACACAAACACCUCCACCAUCAACAUGUAC